AUGAUCACUAUCAUCGUCACUAUCAUUAACCCCUCCCUCCCCCCCUCUCCUGUCACCGCCAACCAUCAACAACAACAACAACAGCAACAUGUCAACAGCAAAGAUGGUCUCGCUAAUAACAGGAGCGACCCCCCACCCCCUCACUCGUACGGCCCCCUCUUGGGGGGUCGGGGCAGCUCCCCCACGGCGGGCUCCAUGCCCCUCCCCGCCCACCAGGGGUUGCCCCCCUUGGACCGCUCGCCCCCCGAAAUGUUGCCACACUUGCUUAAGCUCAUCCUGUCUAUGGGUGAGGGCGAUCCUCGUCGUAUGGAUGAAAUUCGCAAGUACGCCGCGAUUUACGGCCGCUUCGAUUGUAAAAGAAAGGCCGAAAAACCUCUUACACUCCACGAGGUGUCGGUGAACGAAGCGGCGGCGCAGAUCUGCAAGUACAUGCCGGCACUGCUGACCCGUAGGGACGAACUCUUCCCCCUGGCGCGGCAGGUGGUGCGAGACUCCGGCUACCAGUACUCCAAGGGGCACUCCAGAUCGCAAACAAUCGUUGGUGGAGGCAGAGACGAAGAGCUGCCCAGGAUCAAAAGAUCGCGAUCUGAAUCUGCCGACCCUCCCGAGAGCAAGACGGAGAUGACGUGGGAGAAGCGCCAGAAGCGGCUUGAACAGAUCGCUGAAGAGCUGCGCGUCAUGAGCGAGAAGGCGGAGGACGUACGUAACAGCCUCGCCAACGGUACGGGCGACAUGCUGGAGCUCACUGCUCAGAUGGAGGCUCUGCAGCAGCGGCAUGGAGUGCUCACCAUCGAGCAGAAUGACCUCAUCAAAGCCCUCCGCAGUGGUCCCGACGAGAGAAUUGAACGUCCGGCAGAAGACUCUGACUCGAGGUUGUCGUACAGCGGCUCGAGUAGCCCUUCGCAGGUGAUCUCUUCAAGCCAGGGCAACAUCAUCGCUGUCGCCAACCCUGCGCUGUCGCAGUCGUCGGCGCUGCCGCCGCGCUCGAGUGAUGACGAGCACGGCAGCGCGCAGCCUGCGUACAGCAGUGCACCCACGUCACCCUCCGCUCCCGCCACACCCAUCAAACAGGAGCCCGACUCUCCCCCACACACCAAACAUUGAACGUGAAACUUCGGCCAACAAACUUCUCGUACAUUUGACGAUCAAUUUCAACAUAACAAAAUCGGUAUAAAUUGACUAUCAUACAAUUGACGGUCAAUUUCAAUCAAACAAGAUCGGUAUAAAUUGACUAUCAUUCAAUUUACGGUCAAUUUCAAUCAAACAAAAUCAGUAUUUAGUCGUUUAUCAAUUGCAAACAAAAGGCCACCGAACGGCCAAUUGUUUGAUUUUCGGAUCGGAAAUUUUGAGAAUAAUCAAUUUGUCUGUCUCUCAAGUAACAUAAAAACCAUAACAUUUUCUUAUUCGUGAAUUUGAUUGUUGAUGUAAACUGCGCAUUUGAGGAGAGCGACACGGUUAUACAUGCACUUAAGAUUAAAGGCGAAGCGAUCAUAUAGUUACCUACCUACGUUAUUGAUAUUGCUUAACGUAAUUUACCACAGCAAUCAUGAGCCAGUAAUAGCAGUCAGAAUUUGUUUGUAUACUCACAAGGCGCUUUAGUCUUUAUUGUUCCCCGGUGAUAGAAGAUCAAGAUAAGAUUAUUACAGAGAAAUCCAGAAAAAAAAUUAAAUUGACCAAAGUUUUGGAUGCGUAGUAAUAUCCAAAACCAAACUCACUCUAAUUACUAGUUUAAUUUACUUCUUUUUUGUUAAUUUUCUUGCUCAUAGAUCGAGAAUUCCACCAUUUUAUUGAAGCUAAUAUUUUUAGUUACGAUAGUACUCAACUGUAUGUUAUCUACAUCUCUACUUUCAUCAAGUUGGUCUGAUCCACGCACCUGUAGAUGCUCUAUAAUUUGGUUUCUGACUUAACAAGUGCAAUAUUGAAUAAGUAUGUGUAUAUUGUGCACAUUAUGUAGAUAAUGUAUACGAAGCGUCGAAUCCUGAUUAAUUCUCACGUCGGUCAGUUCGAUGGCGGACAAAGUGUCAUUUUUUCGUUAAUUUCUUAUUAACGUUUAUCAAUUAUCUAGCCACCAAUUCAAAUACCUUGAUUAAGUUAAUGUUAUUAAAUUCUUCGUUGUUUUAACUGUGCUCGGCAUUAGUUAUUUAUGUAAUUCAGGUUAUGUUUGUUGAAAUGAUUUCCCGAAUUAUUGACACUGACAUUAAUGAGUUUGCGGUAUUUAACCCAGGACGAAUCGCGAUAACUUGUGUAAAUACCAUCAGUAGCGAGUCAGUAUUUCAAUAGCGAUAUGUUAAAAAAUGUCAUUCACUAUUUCUGAGCAAAAGAUGGCUGUUUUUUUUUUGUCUGUACGAGUAAUUAAUAAUCAGAGUAAAUUAACUUUUGUCGUCUAAAUUUUCGCUUUGUUUCUUCGGUGUUAUGUGAAUACUUGUACAGACAUUCUCCAAUCGUGGUUCAGUUAAUUGAAGGAGCCCAAUUAGGUGUAUUAUUUCGUUUUGUUUGGAAGCCAUAUUUAUUUUAUAAUGAUAUUCGGGAAUUUAUUGCAUUAUUUAUGCUCGAAUGUAAAGAUUCUAAGUUUAGUCUUAUUUUUCUUACCGCUACAUAGUAAAGCUCGUCAGGUGGAAAAGCUUAGGAACUUAUCUAAUGUAACUUUGUAUAUGAAAUAGAUGUUUUAUGUGCAGGUAAUCGUUGCAAAUUAGUUAUCGGCAUUGUAGUUUAUUUAUCGCAUAAAUAAGAUUAUCACGACCUUGAAAUGUGCUUUCGUGGCGUGAGAAAGAUGAUUAAAAGCAUACAGGAUGAUGCGCGUAGGCAAGAAAAUUAUUUGGUAAUAUCUUCCUUUCCUAAACAAUAAUCGUAUCUUAUGUUUUUAACAAUAACUCGUGAUUCAAUUCUGUUCUUCAAAUCCAUUCACAAUUUCAGUUCUAGGGCGAGACAACAACUCGUUCAGUUAAUGAUUAGAGGACUCGUUUAAUUCUAUGAAUGUAUUCAAAUUAUGAUUCUAUUGAUCACUUCAUCUCAUGUGUUGACGAAUUUCACUUCUGAAACAAAAUAUUAGCUCAAUUAAGUACAAUGAGAAUUAUGAAUGAAUUGAAGGAAUUGUGAAUAGAAGUAGCUGUUACCUUAGUUGGUAAACGAUUUUGGCUUAAUUUGCAUUUACGCCUGCUAUGAACUUGCUGAUCUUUCCUAAGUUUGAAAUUAAACUUUAUUAAUAUUAGCUCAAUUAACUAUUAAAACUAUUACCUCAAACAGCUAGACGGUAUCGGCAUGAAUUGUUCUCGUUUUUUACCCGCGCUGCAGGUGCAUGAACCAGUUUAACGCAAUAACAAUAAUUAUCAAAUAACAACAAAAAAUUAUUAUUGUGAUUUGUUACAAACAAUUUUCCGUAUACCGUGUUAAUUAGCCAUUGAUCGGCAACUCAUUUUGCGUUCACGUUACUCGGGACAUAAACUUAGUUAAGCCAAUGUUUGUGUCUCUUCAACUGAACGAGAGAAUAGCGGUUGUGAACUCAAAUCAUAAUGAGUAAAUUAUUCAUGAAGUUUAUCAUCUAUUCUUGCAUCGCAGUCGUGUUUCUCAUUCAUUAUUGCAUCGCAGUCGUGUUUAUCAUUCAUUAUUGCAUCGCAGUCGUGUUUAUCAUUCAUUAUUGCAUCGCAGUUGUGUUUCUCAUUCAUUAUUGCAUCGCAGUCGUGUUUCUCAUUCAUUAUUGCAUCGCAGUCGUGUUUCUCAUUCAUUAUUGCAUCGCAGUCGUGUUUCUCAUUCAUUAUUGCAUAGCAGUUGUGUUUCUCAUUCAUUAUUGCAAGGCUUGGAAUGACCUGAAUUCCAGCUUGAUUUGAGGCUUAGAAUGAGCAAGAUCCAAGCUUUGAUGAUGUUUAGAAUGACUAAAUACCGGCGUGGAAUAACCCAGAAUUUUAGCCUGAUUGAAGGCUUGGAAUGACUUGGAUUCCAUUUUGAUUGAAAGCUUGGAAUGCUUAAGAGACCAGGUUGAUUAUGUUCACCAAUUUGAAGCUGUAUUUUUUCUCAGAGAGGGAGGUGCAAUUGUAUUCAAAUGUCUCUGGCUUUUGAUUCAGCAAUUCUGUCUAAGAGCAAAACCAAUUGGACGGAAGAUUUCGUUUUAUGCAGGUCAGUUUUUUUCGCAUUCUGAGACUAAAUCAGUUCGCUUAUAAUCCCUGGCGCAAAAUUUCGACUUCUAAUAGUGAUGAAAUUUUAUGCCACUCCCAUUUCAUGAUAUUGGUUCGAGACCAAGCCUUGCAAAGCCGAAAUUUUUUCGCCUAGCAAAUUCAAAGUUAAUAUUUGAUUGGGAAGCUCACUUAUGAAGAAAAUUUUCAUAGUUGACUGUCAAAUCAUUAUUUAUAAUCGUUUGAAAUGUAGCCCUUAGUGCCGUGCGAGGUGGAGUCACUUCGCUUGUUUCAGUACAGAGAUUUUGUGUUAGUUGAGCGAUAAUGAAGAAAAUAGCAUAAAUCUUAGCCAACGAGCCUGUAGAAAUAAUUUCGUGAACAUUGUACAUUAUAUUUCUUAGUGUGUAAGAAUUUUAACAAGUUAAAACGAGGAUCUCUU